AUGGAUAAAAAAGCAUUUGAGACAGUUCUUGAUGAAAUUAGAAAGGCUGUUUUGAUGGAAUACAAAUUAAAAGCAAUUGAAUAUGUACAUGGAUACUUUUCUAGUGAACAGAUUGUUGAGCUGCUGAGGUGUUUCUCUUGGGCUGAACCACAAUUGAAAGCGAUGAAGGCAUUACAGCAUAAAAUGGUAGCUGUUUCUGCAGCAAAAGUGGUUAAUAUCCUCAACUGCUUCACUUUUAGUAAAGACAAGCUUAUUGCACUAGAAUUGUUGGCUUCCAAUAUAAUUGAUGCUCAGAAUUAUCGUCUUAUUGAAGACCUCUUCAGAGUUAAUAUGUCUGAGAAGAAGAGAUGCAGAAGAAUUCUUGAGCAGGCUUCCAAAGCAGGAUGCAAAGCACCUCAUGCUAUGAUAUCUUCUUGUGGCAUGAUUCCUGGGAACCCUUACCCCAAAGGGAAGCCCAGCCGUAUCAAUGGGAUUUUUCCUGGUUCCCCUAUUAAGAAGGAAAAUGAGGAUUAUAUUAGUGAAGGCAAAGGAAUAGCAGCUCGCAUUCUUGGACCAUCAAAACCAGCUCCAACAACAUACAAUCCACACAAGCCUGUUCCUUACCCAAUUCCUCCUUGCCGACCACAUGCAACAAUUGCACCAAGUGCUUACAACAAUGCAGGCCUCGUUCCGCUGGCUAACGUUAUAGCUCCUGGUUUGCCAACUCCACCAUCGUAUACUUCUAGUACUGUGGGAACAGAAAAUGAAGAACUUUCCAAUCAAGCAAAAUCUUCCCAAAGUCAAGCUUUUGCCACACAAAUGAAUCAUCUCUUUGCACCUCAUGGUUCUAAUCCUGCUGCUACUCCAGCCCCAACCCCAUCAUCGGUUAAGGCAAUAAGCCACUCAUCAGCACUUCCAUCGACAGCUGUCCCAGGGAUAAGUGUGUCCAACCCUGUCUUUCCUGUCUUCCCUGGGCAGGUUAUCUCCUCCGUCCAUCCGCCUCAACCAUCCACGCCCAUCCCUCCUGUUGUCAAAUCCCAUUCGCUGCCUGCAGUUCCUGCCACAUCUGCUCACAGUGCCACCUCUGCUCCCCUCCCUGCUUCUUUCUCUGGACUGGCUUCUGUGCUGCCUGCCGCUGCAGCACCCCAAGGGCUCUCCACAUUGUGUGCCACCCCUGCACCUAAUGAAGCUUUUGCAUCUGCCCCGGCUCCCUUCGCCAGCCUUCCUUUUUCUGCAGCGUCUGUCACUGCCCCGGCUAAUAAUCCUAACUCAUUGUCAUCUGCUUUUGCUGGCCUGCCUUUAUCCUUGACCCCCAAUUCUCAGGGAGUAGCUAGCUCCAUUUCAUCGACCAUUGCCUGUUCUCCUGCCACUAGUUUAUCUUGCCCAGUUAAUUUACCCAACCCACUUUUAUCAGCUUUAAAGGGGUUUCUCUCAGUAAACGAUAGCUCAUUACUUAAUUCAAGUGCCCUGCCUUCGACUGUGACUGCUGAGCUUGCUUCUUUAUCUGGUCUUCUCAGUCAGAAUUCGGAAGCUGCCUCUUCAUCCAGUAGCAAAUGUUACGCUCCAACUGUUACCUCUUCUCUUCAGCAUCCUUCCACUCCAGGACUCUCCAUUUUCUCAGGCCUCCCCUGUCAGCCAGGAGGGAGCAGUAGUGCAACUUCUCCUGCAUUGUCAUUGCAGUCCCCUUCAAUAACAAUGUCGUCAUCCAACUUGCCGGUCAGCUGUGGCUCCUCAGUGGGUCUUGUGCAUUGUCCAAGCCCUGCCAAUCCUGAACAGCAAGUUUCCUCCACUCCAGUUGCCCCAGCUCUAGUUAAAACAGAACCCAUAAGCCCGACUCUUUCAGGUCUCAAAAUCCCAACCCUUUCUGCUGGGCUCAAUCACAGCACUUCAGGCUUGCCAGCCCUUGGACAUGCCUAUUCCUCAGCUACUUCAUUACCAUGCAGCUUAACUAAUUCCCUCAAUUCAGCACUUCCCCCUUUGACCUCUCAUCUGAACAGUUCCCCAUCUAUUCCCUCCCACGCUUCAUCCACUCCAGUAUACAAUGCACUUCCUCCUUUCACUUCUUUGACCAAUAGUUUUGCUUUUACUGGCAAUCCAGCACUUACCCCAACUGGGCCUCUGUUGUCCAUUCCACCUACAACUACGUCUGCCGCACACGCCAGCUCCUCAGCCCCCGUUCUUCCACCACUGAUUGCCACCGCAGCUGCCCCGGCUCCACCAUUCCCCCUUAACUUGUGCAGUGCUGUCUCUUCCCUGUUUUCUGUUCCUCAAGUGCCCCUGGGCUCAUGCAAUUCAUCCUUCCCUCCUUUCCCUGUCUCUAACACACCCUCUGUCACUCCUGCUCUCCCUUCUUUCCCUGGGCUCCAGGCAUCCUCUACAAUAGCAGCAGUUGCACCCCUGCCAGCAGCUGCCACAGCCCCAUCUCCAGCUCCGGUGCUGCCAGGGUUUGCCUCGGCCUUUAGCUCAAACUUCAACUCUGCACUGGUUGCACAGGCUGGCCUGACGUCUGGACUCCAGGCCCCUGGAAAUACAGUUUUUCCAGGACUUCUGUCUCUUCCUGCCAUCCCUGGACUUGCUCAGAGUGCAACGCAGUCUUCCCUCCAGGAACUUCAGCACAGUGCAGCUGCGCAGUCAGCAUUACUGCAGAUACACUCUGCUUCUGCUCUAGAAAACUAUGCUUCUCAAUCUGAGGGUUUCAGUGCAUAUCCUCCAGCAGCAGGAACACCUGGAACACCUUUUUCAGUGCAGGCAAGUCUUCCCCAGACUGGAUGGCAAUAAUGAACAUCAAUUUCAGAUAUGAAGAAGAAUGCUCUAAAAGCUUAUGAUGCUUCCUUCAGAAAACACAUUUUCAGAACAUAUAAUUCAAGAGAGAUUCCAACUACAAUAACUGUUGCUGAAAUGGUAUCAAAAUUGGACUUUUUUUACUUUCAUAUCAAUGACC